AUGGGAUUUGAUAUUGUAAAGUGGAGGAUUGAUGGAUUGAUACGCGAAGUUGAGGAAGGGGAAUUUCGGACGCGAUUUGAUAACGCGAAAAGUGGUAGUAGCGCGAACCCUUGCCGCUCCGCUCCCGGCACAAAAAAGUAUCAGAAGGGCGAAAGGCUGGAGGGCAAUUCGAGCUUUAUCAGACAAAAUAAUGUUUACAUGCAGAGCAUGCACAAGGAGAGACAGCUCUAUAGGUCAUUUGCCUCGAAUGCGACUGAUUCUGGCAAUCAAAGUUACCAACCCAUCUCACUAGAUGAAGAGUCUCUCGAGCCCACUAAGAGUAAAGGUGUCAAAAGACAGGAAUGGCUAGAUUCGAGGGGACAGAGGCCUGCGGAUAAAAAGCCUGCACCAAUUGAUCCAAAUAUCGACGACAAGUUUAUUUGGAAGCUGAAACAACUGCAAGAUCCCUUGCAGCUCGCCAGCUACGUACGGAAACUUCUUUCGGACGAUGAUUUCGAAAAGGCAUUACUAUAUGUGCGAGCUGCCAGCAAAAAUGUUGAAUGUGUUGUUAGUUGGAAUCAUUUGAUUGAGUGGCAGUUCAGUAAAGACCAGUUGACCCCCGCACUCAAAACAUACAAUGAGAUGAAAAAACGUGCGCAGUAUCCAGAUGCCCAGACCUAUACUAUUAUUUUCAAAGGCUGCAGCGAUAGCCCAUAUACUAAACAAGCCUUCGAGAAGGGUUUAGCAAUAUAUACUUCUAUGCUCUCUGUUGGCUCUCGACUAAAGCCGAAUACUAUUCACAUGAAUGCAGUCCUUCGACUUUGUUCAAGGGCGGGUGAAGAAGAAGCUUUGCUUGGAAUCGCUGCACAAAUGCCUGCCGAAGGUGCCCGCGCACCAGAUAACCUUACUUUCACCACGAUAUUAAACGCUUUUCGUAUGAAACUCCUUGGUAAUACCAAUAUGCCUGAAAAGGAACUCUUAAAACUCAAACGUAAAACGAUAGAUAGUGCGCAUCGAAUGUGGGGGGAUAUCUUCAUGCGUUGGCGCAAAGGAGAUAUCAUGGUUGAUGAAGAGCUUGUCUGUGCUAUGGGCCGGACAUUGCUUCAUGGUUCUGAAGAAGACAAUGAUGACAUUCUAUCUCUCGUUGAGCAGACUAUGAACGUGCGACGCCAAAUGCCUCGGCGAGGUACUAAGUCUCGGCAGCAAAUUGAGCCAUCCCUUCAAGGACAAUCUAUAUCUGAAGAUAAGAAAGGAUUAGUCGAAGUGGAAGAUGGCGGUGGUCUCAAUCCGAGAGGUCAGCUCGAAGAUAUAUUUGCCAGCUCCGGACCUGCAGUGGCUUCACUACCUAGAUCGCAUGUUUUUGCUACACCGGGGCCGAACACAAUAUCGAUGAUACUCAAGGCAUUAUUAAACCUGGGCAAAAAGGAACCUGCAACUAAAUAUUGGAAUAUUUUCGUAAAAGAAAGGGGCAUUGUACCCGAUCAAGAUAACUACCAUAGAUACAUGAGAAUUCUCCGACUCUGCCGAUCGAGUCGCGAGGUCCUGGAACUCUUAUUGGAAAUACCCAAAGAAUCCUUGAAACAUGAAUUUUUCCGCCUUGCCAUGAGCACCUGCGAGCGCGACAAGAAUAACCCCAACGUCUUUGCCACCGCAGGCAAAAUCCUCGACAUCAUGCAAAUGAACCUCGAAGUCCCCGACAUCAUAGCCUUAGUCACCUACAUGGACGUCUCCAUGUCCUCCUCCCUCACCCGAAAAGCAUCAGGCAACAGACCCACCAAAUUCGAACAGGGCAAACAAAUCCUCCGCGCCCUCGACCGUGUCGGUCCAUCCUACCUCAACAUCCGCGCCCUAGUCAUGUACGGCAACCCCACCGCCACCGACUACGACCGCUUCCAAGACCGUGAUUUCAAAGAUAGCGUCCUCGUGCUCAUCCGCCGUAUCAUAGGCGCCUACGACGUCCUCAUGGACAAAGGCCUCGUCGCCCGCGACGCCUACGGAGACGUCAUCGCUCGCCGCAAUAAACUAACAGCCUACGAAGCUCGCGUCACUGCCCCCCACGCGGGAACCAGAAAGUACACCAAAGGCUACCAAUACGAGCACGAACCAGAAGACGAAGAACCAGAACCAACCCCUAAACAUGAACACGUCGAUCGCAGCACCCACGAAUUCUCCAAGAAGCAAUUCCGGACGGCGGUCAAGGGGGGUUUUGCGCCGUUGGCCGCUACCCAAGGAUAUGUAGCUCGCGUCCAACCUUUUGCGAGUAGGAAGUCAAACACUGGGGCUCCAGCAUCGUUUGCGAAUAGAAAGCCGAACACGGUGACACCUACUUCCAGUUUCUAA